GGCCCGGCCCUCUUGCUCUGCCCCGCGUACCCUGGUCCUCGCUGCUUACCAGUAGCCGCUGUGGCUCGGAGCCUGUCCCCCCGUCCCCGGAGCUUGCAGGGUUCCUCCUGCUGCAGCCCCUCCCGGGAGGGCCAGCUGUGUGAACGGGUGUCCAGGUCGCGGAAGGGCCGGCUCCCGGGCCUCAGGGUCAAGUACGUCGUCUUGGUCUGGCUGGGCGUCUUUGUGGGCGGCUGGAUGGUGUACGUGCGCUACUCGUCCUACGCGGAGCUCUGCCGCGGGCACGUCUGCCGGAUGGUUAUCUGUGACCAGUACCGCAAGGGCAUCAUCUCCGGCUCCCUCUGCCAGGACCUGUGCAACCUGCACAAGGUGGAGUGGAGGACGUGCCUGUCCUCCGUCCCGGGCCAGCAGGUGUACAGCGGGCUGUGGCAGAGCAAGGAGGUGACCAUUAAAUGUGGCAUCGAGGACGGCCUGGACCCCAAGGCCAGGUCGGACCUGGUCCCCCGCCAGGAGCUGGUGCUGUUCGACAAGCCCACUCGGGGCACGUCAAUUAAGGAGUUCCGAGAGAUGACCCUCAGCUUUCUCAAGGCAAACCUGGGAGACCUGCCCUCCCUGCCCGCGCUGGUUGGGCAGGUCCUGCUCAUGGCCGACUUCAACAAGGACAGCAGGGUGUCCCUGGCCGAGGCCAAGUCGGUGUGGGCCCUGCUCCAGCGGAACGAGUUCCUGCUGCUGCUGUCCCUGCAGGAGGAGCACGCGUCCCGGCUGCUGGGCUCCUGCGGGGACCUCUAUGUCACUGAGGGGGUGCCACACGGUUCCUGGCACGGGGCCGCUCUCCCGCCCCUCCUGCGCCCGCUGCUGCCCCCCGCCCUGCACACAGCCCUCCAGCAGUGGCUGGGGCCCGCGUGGCCUUGGAGGGCCAAGAUCGCCAUCGGCCUGCUGGAGUUCGUGGAGGAGCUCUUCCACAGCGCCUACGGGACCUUCUACAUGUGCGAGACCACGCUGGCCAACGUGGGCUACACGGCCAAGUACGACUUCAAGAUGGCUGACCUGCAGCAGGUGGCACCCGAGGCGGCGGUGCGCCGCUUCCUGCAGGGCCGCCACUGCGAGCACAGCGCCGACUGCACCUACGGCCGGGACUGCAGGGCGCCCUGCGACAAGCUCAUGAGGCAGUGCAAGGGCGACCUCAUCCAGCCCAACCUGGCCAAGGUGUGCGAGCUGCUGCGGGACUACCUGCUGCCCGGCGCGCCCGCCGAGCUGCGUGAGGAGCUGGGCAGACAGCUGCGCACCUGCACGACGCUCAGCGGGCUGGCCAGCCAGGUGGAGGCGCACCACGCGCUGGUGCUGAGCCACCUCAAGGCCCUGCUCUGGAAGGAGAUCUCCAACACCAAGUACUCGUGACGGCCGGCGCCCCCAGCACCACCCCCCCCCCGCCGCCCCGCGCGGGACAGGAGCGCAGGAGCCAGAGCACAGGCCAGGGAAGGGGUCCUGCUCCCCGCAACCCAGACAGGGGGCCGCAUAGCUGGACAGGACAGGCUGGAAAGGGACGGGGGCCAGGAAGGAGCCCCUGGAGCCUGACCCCAAGGGUUGACUGUUAUUUUGAAGAACGUGUGAUGUAAAUAAACAGCUUUUCUGUGAGUGCCCCUGGGUUCCCUCACACCCCACUGGACCCCUGGUCCUGCCUCCCAGACCCGCCAUUGUCACUUGAGCUCAGAGGUGGGGGCUGCCCUUGCCCAGGCUGGAUGGGACGCAGCGUGGCCCUCUGGGCCCCAGUCUGCUGGACAGGCCUCAGCGGGCGUCACUGGCAGGGUCUCUCCUAGAGCCACAUUCUGGGGGCAGGAGUGGUGGUGAUGCGAUGCGGGAUGCUGACAUGUUCUGUGCUGCUGGACUGUGGUACGGUUCUUAAGGAAGGUACCGCUGGAGACGCGGGGUCCUGGUAACAAGCUGCAGAGCCUCCCCUGCGGUCCAGCCGCGGGGACCUCACCAGAUGUCAAUGAGCCGCUAGAUGGAGAAGCCAGCGUCCAGCAGAGUCCAGCGUUCUCCCUGCCCCUCCCUAAAGGGAAGCUGCAGGAGCCGGACACCCUUUCCCUGUGGGGGCCCCACUGCUGAGCCCAGGCUGGUGCACUGAACUGCAAACAUGCAGGCUGUGACCUGCCCCAUCGAGGGGGUCAGCGGAUGGCUCCCUCUGCCUCCACUCUGGGGAGCGGAAGCCCCGGCUGUCAUUUUGAUGAAAGGCAAGGUUUCAAACCGUCCCUGCACAAGGAGUCACGGGAUUUACUACUCCUAGAUCCCAGAGGCCACAAGGCUCAGGGAGCGGGGGAAGGGCAGCGUCCCGGGCCCGGUGGGCUGGAGGCACUGCUCAAGUGCUUGGAGGCAGAGGCUGGAUUUUUGCAGGCUUCUCAAAGUGGGGACUUGAGGCGCACAUCUCUGCUCACACGCUUCCCUGAACGUCACAGGGCCAAGUUCAGCAGGUGGCAGCUCCAGACCCAGCAGCGUGCGCGGGCCUUAGCUCAUCACCGUUGAGGAAAAGCCAAGUUACGACAGUUUAUUCAAGACCAAUUUAUUCUCAAGUUUUGCCAACAGAGAAACACUGUUAUUGAAAACUUCAACUGUAAUACCCAUAUUUUUAGUAUUAAUUCCUAAAACUCAUCCUCCCUACAUUCAAGUAACUUUCUUCCCCAUCUAGAUUUUUCUCUCCUGUGGGGUGGGGGUGAAUAAUCCAAACACAGCACAAAAACAGUUCAGAACCGGGGCAUCGGGGUGACUCUGUCAGUUGAGCUUCCGACUCUAGACUUCAGCUCAGGCCACAAUCUCAGGGUCGUGGGAUCAAGCCCCAUAUUGGGCUCCACGCUGAGUGUGGAAUCUGCUUCAGAUUCUCUCUCUGCUGCCCCCCACCCCACCGCUCAUGAUCUAAAAUAAAAUCGUAAGAAAUAAAGAAUUGCGGGCUCUGGGCAGUUAAAACACAAUGGCUGGAGGAUUAAGAAUCAGGACACAAGGGGCGCGUGGGUGGCUCAAUCGGUAAAGCCUCUGCUUUCAGCUCAGGGCGUGAUCCCAGAGUCCUGGGAUCGAGCCCCAGAUCAGACUCCCUGCUCCACUGGGAGCCUGCUUCUCCCUCUCCCACUCCCCCUGCUUGCGUUCCCUCUCUCACUGGCUGGCUCUCUCUCUGUCGAAUAAAUAAAUGAAAUCUUAAAAGAGACAUGGGCCCCACUUCUCUCGAUCCCUCCUCUCUGCCUCGGCCUGCCUGGAUUUUCUGGAGUCCAGACCAGUAUCUACUGUCUACCGACACUCGACAGUUCCUGCUGCCCUGACCCAGCGUCUCCACCUCCCGGUGCAAACUUCCCAAGCUGAGCACAUGACUCCUUUUCAA